AGGAACAUGGCGGAGUGGGGUUGUGGAGGCUGCAGCGGUUGAGCUGUCGGCGACUCCCCCGUCCAACAGAAGUGCAAUAGGACAUCGUGGAUUUGUGUGGCUGUGUCAGGGGCACGCGGCCUGUGGGAGUGGGCCGAGGCCAGCUUCUGAGUGGGUGUCUGUCGGGAGCAGGGAGUCACAAAAACAACUCGGACAUGAACGGGGAAGUGGUGUGCAGCCCUCAUUCAGUGAUGGCGUUAGGCUGCGCCAAGUCCAAGCCAGCAGCUCAUGACGAGAAGACGAGCAUCAGGUUGACGCCGGAGGGGCGGGGCUCUCCCGUCUGCGUCCCGCAGCUUGACCUUCCCAGUCAACCUGAAGCCAGGACAGCGGACCCCGUCGGCGCCACGCUCAGAGACCCAAAGCCGGAUCUGACGGCGGCCGGCAGCGCCUGCGGCCAGCGUCCGCCCUGCUGGCCCACCGACCAGCCAACCCUCCCGCAGCUCUUCUGCCAUCGCCCCCCUCAUGAACUCCCUAUGCCCCUCGGCAACAGCUUGUCUCACGCUUCCCUCCACGGCAACCACAACAACGGCGGCGCACUCCACGGAAACCAGAGGAGAGGGACCCGGGCCAAAGUCAUGGGGAAGAAAUCCACCAGGAGGACGGAAGGAGGCAAAAACUCCCAGAACCGAAAAGUCACCGACUUCUAUCCAAUCAGACGGAGCUCAAGAAAAAGCAAAACUGAACUCAAGUGGGAACAAAAGAAGCUCAUCGAUGAUCUCAUCAUCAAUGGCAUCGAGGAGGGAAUGGAGGUCCAGCAUAUAGAGGGCAAGGGCAGGGCGGUGUUUGCCACUCAGUGUUUCCAGAAAGGCGAUUACAUCGUGGAGUACCACGGCGACCUGCUGCAGAUCACCGACGCAAAGAAGAGGGAGGCGGAGUACGCCCAAAACCCUGCGACCGGCUGCUACAUGUACUACUUUCAGUACCUCUGCAAAACGUACUGCGUGGACGCCACCAAAGAGACGGGUCGGAUGGGCCGGCUGAUAAACCACAGCAAAAACGGGAACUGCCAAACCAAACUCCACGACAUCAACGGCGUGCCGCACCUCAUCCUGGUCGCCUCCCGAGAAAUCGACAAGGGCGAGGAGCUGCUGUACGACUACGGGGACCGCAGCAAAGCCUCCAUCGCCGCUCACCCCUGGCUCAAGUACUGACGGGAGGCGGUCAGCGACACUUGUGUUUCUCAUAGCUAGCGGACAUGUUGCCUUAGAAAUAGAAUGUGUACCCCUUUUGUUGCCGUGCAGAGAACGCUGGGUGGUAGAUAACGGGGUGGGUUUGGAGCGGAGUGGGGCUUAGGGUACCUAUUUACAUUUCGAUUAAGGUCCGUCUGCUCCAAUCGGACGGACCUGCGUACUUUUAUUUAUAUGUGUCUCUGAAACAUUCUGGUUGUUUUGCAGCACAUUUCUUUUGUACAUUUUGUACUUCCUGAAGACCAAUGCCUCUACAGCAUGCAGGUGGCAGUUAAUGCUCAGCAUUUUUUAUACAGUUUUUUUGUUUGUUUGUAAUUUAUCCUUAGAUACUUAGCAUUACUUCCCUGAACAGCUUCUCAGACCCCUCCUCCCUUUUGGAUCAACAAGCACUAUGAUAUCCAAGUUCAACAGGAAAAAAAACAAACAAAAAAAACCUCUGGGGCUUUUUAGGAAAAAUAUUCUGCUCCAGUGAACUUCAGCUAUGGAUACGACAGCAUAUUAGGGCCAUUGCAGGUAGGAGAAAAAAAUUAAAAGGAGUAAAUUUCCAAGAAAAACAAAAGAAAUUCUGGGAUUGAUGUCAGAAAGUUUGUAGAAAAACUCUGAAAUUUGUGAGAUUGAAAAGUUGAAAAUAUGAGAGGAAAAACUCAGAAAUCCUCAAAUUAAACUGAGAAAUUUUCUAAAAAAAACCAAAAAACAAUCAAACAUGUUUUGUCUUAGAUUAAUCUCGGCAAUUUUCAAGAAAAACCUACAAUUUCAGGGUUUGAAAAGUCAAAAAUCAGAAAAAAAACAAGCCCUCAGAUUGCGAGUGCUUUCUUGGAAGUUCACUCCUCUUUUCUCUUCUCCUGCCUCUGGUGGCUCCAACACGCCGUCCCACAUGGAAACCGUUUGCCGCCGCUGGUGGCCAUGUCACACUCCUGGCUCGGCUGCCAUCUUGGAGGCUUUCGAUCAUGUUUUGACGCUCGGUGAAAAGUCAAAAUGUGACGCAAGCUUGUGCAACUCUGAAAUAACUAGUGUGAUAUAUAUAUAUAUACAUAUAAUUAUUUUUUCCUCUUUUGUUUUUAGAUGAUAAUGUAUUUUUUAAUAUUAAACACAACUGUUACAUUUGAAUUGGAAAAAAUUUUUAAAAAUAAUAUAAAGGUUCUGCGAUUCCUUUGCAGAAUGUUUUGCUGUAACUGCUUGAAUGAAAGUGUAUGUUAAAAUUUGUUUGAUUAAAUGUCCACUGAUCUUUAGCUGAUACGCUGAUCCCACUUCCUCCACCUGUCGGCCAUGAAAGGAGUUAUCACCAAAUGCUGAGCCAGACGGUGACGAAGCGUCUAAAGUCGAGGUCUUCUAAAUUCAAAAAACAAAGUGUUUCAGAAUGCAACGUAGAAUAAAAGAAUAAUCUUUUAAGGGUUUUGAUUUGGGCGACACACACGUUUGGUUUUAAUGCCCUAAAGUCAUUGGCUCAUCAAGUAUUGGAAGUGCUGAUAUCGACACAAGAGAAACACCAAUUUUAAAGAAAAAAAAUAUAUUUUUCAAUAGGAUGAUGAUUUAUUUAUUUAUUUAUUUUAAUCAAAUUUGGUGGAUUUGACAAAACUCCAAUGGAAAUGCUUUUUGGAUCAAGAGACACGAGUCUCAUGAUCAACAACGGGAUGUUGCUGCUGGCACAAAUCACAAAGAAGACGACAGGAAGUAGUUAGAGGAUGACGACACCGCAGUGUGUUUUUGAACAACUUGUCGCAUGAACAAACUGUUGUAUGAUUUUGUGGGUCUUGUUUGAAGUUUCUUUCAAAAACACCGCAGUUGCGAUUUUUAAAAAAAUUUUUAACGUUAGCAGAAUAUUGGCAAUUUUGUGCACAUUUGUAACGGAACAAAAAAGCAUGUUGGAAACCCUCUCAGAUCAAAAGAGCAAUAGGAAGUCUGUUGAGUUUAUGUGAAUAAAACCGGAUCAUUUUCAGUUGUUCCACAUUAGUGUCAUAAAGUAAUUAAGGCACAACAAACGUGACGGCAUGAAUUCAUAUGGAGAGAGGCGGGGCAUCCGGAUCUGGCUAUUCUAAACAGAGAUCUGGUCCUAAUAUUGGUGAAUAACAAUGAAAAGCAGUUGUUUUUUUACAAGAGUGAGCAUUUUCAUGUUCCUUCUAACUUGUUGAUUACUGCCCUAUUAUUAUGAUGAUGAUGUUGUGGAUUUUUAAUAUUGGUUAAUAUUGGCAAUGGCCCAGGUCUCCUUCCUAAGGGUGACUUGUGGAAAAUGAACUUAUUCAGGUUUUUUCCCCCCUCUAUUAACAUAAUUAGUUCUUUUUUGAACCCAAGCUACUGCUGCAGCUUCACAGCUCAGCUAAAACGGAGGGAAGCUGAUUUCAGAAGCCGGCUCCAUAUGUUGCCUUUCGCUGCAAACAAAGGUUAAACACGACGCGACAUGAUCCAACAAAAUAACGAGAGGAAUCAAUCAGCAGAUUCUUGCAAGAAUUUUGCCGGGCAGCUGAAAAGCGAAGCCAGCGUCGCUGCUGUUUGAAACUGACGAGGAAAUGUUUGGUUCAAGAGUUUCUGCUCAACUUCAGUAUUUAAGCAUGUGGCCUCGCAAUUAGAUUUCAAGGCUGUGUGAAACUUUAAGAUUCAACUUUUGGGUCGUUGGUCGCUUCUGUCAUAGAACUUAAGCCAGUUGGAAAGACACUCAAGUUUGGCAUUCAUUUGCUCAUCUUUAACCAACUAGUUGUAGUUUGGCGGCUUUUUGCAGGAGGCCAUUUUUUUGUAUCAGCGGUAACUUUAUUCGCGUUCAUUUAUUUUGUUAUUUAUAUGUACUUAUAAGUGUUUUAAGUCUUUUUUUUCCCUGCUCAGCCAGCAUUUCUUUCUUAUCAUUCACAGUUGAUUUUCACAGAAGCAAACAAUGUCUGUACGAAGAGGCCAGUCGAGAAAUUUCAGGCCGCUGUCAUUUCCUGUCUUAACACGACUUCUCUUUGGUAGGAUUAACACUUGUGUAAAAUGUUUUAAUAUGAACAUCUCUAAGUACAUUACAUUGUCAUUUAAAAAAAAAACAACAAACAAAAAAAAAACCGAUAUGGAACAGAUGCAAUAAAUAUUUAAGUGGGCAAAACUGGCUUUUUACAGUUUUAGGACAGAAAAUUGUUGUUGUAGCGCCGAAGAAAUCUUGAUGCUGGUGUUCGAGCAUUCAUGAAUAAAGAUUUAAUAUGCAAAUAUUA